UGUUGCCUGUUGUUGUGUGCGGCGGCUGAUGCUGGAAUGGGGUGCUUCGACUGGGCGCUGCAGCUGUUGCUGCUCUUAGUAUGGGCGGCUGUACCAAGCACUGGAUCUCCCGAGUCCCCAGCGUUCUCCAUCCAGUCUGAACAAUCCAACAAGUGCCUUAAAAGUGCCGAUUCCGGGCUUUCGCUGACCGACUGCUCGAAGGGCGACGAGUCUUUGUUGUGGAAAUGGGGCUCUAACCACCGGCUCUUUAAUCUGGGCUCCCAGAAGUGCCUCGGACUCGGCGUCUCCACUUCCCAAGACCCUUUGCAAAUGUUUGCGUGUGACUCGAAGCAUAUGCUGUGGUGGCGAUGUCACGGAGGGCACAUAUAUGGCGCGUCUAUGUACGGUUUGGCCGAAAACAAUGGAUCCGUGACUGCGACGUACGCUUCUAACGACACGUGGAGGAGGGGCGGCUCUGCUGAAAGCGUCUGCCACGUGCCGUACCACGUAAUUUAUACAACCGAUGGAAACUCCCAUGGCGAGCGAUGUGAAUUCCCCUUUUAUCACGAUGGAAAGUGGCAUCACGACUGCAUUACUGAUGUCAAUAGGACAGGAGAGUGGUGUGCCACCACGGCGGAUUAUGCGUCUGAUCGGAAGUGGGGGCUCUGCUUAAAACCAGUGAAUGGGUGCGCUGACGGCUGGACGGAGAACGCAACGCUUCGGACGUGCUACCAGUUCAAUGCUCGUUCUAGCCUGAAGUGGCAGGAGGCGUACCAGUCUUGUCGAAGCCAAGGUGCCGAUUUAUUGAGUAUCGCCAAUGCGGAGGAGCUGGCGUACAUUACUGCUAAUGACGAUCUCCCUGAUAUGAUGUGGAUCGGGUUGAAUCGGUUUGAUAGUUCUGGAGGCUGGCAGUGGUCUGACGAUACACCUCUGAAUUUCAUCAACUGGAACCCCGAUGGAGGUGGCUUCUCUCGUCUGGAUGACUCGGAUUGUGGUUUGUUGAAAGUAGAAACCGGUCGAUGGCAGAAGCAGCACUGCAGUUUAUCUUUGCCUUAUGUUUGCAAGAAGUACAUGAAUGGCACAAAAUCCAAGUCGCCCGAUAAUUGGCCUUACUUGGAAACCCAGUGUGACUCAAACUGGAUACCCAAUAAUGGAUUUUGUUAUAAGCUGCAGCAGCCAAGUGUGUGGGAAGAUGCCGAGCGGUUAUGCAAGACGGAAAAUUCAACGUUGAUUAGUCUGCACUCCUUGGCUGACAUUGAAAUGGCUGUUACUGCGUUUGGCAACGAAAGUGGAGACAUGUGGUCGGGGUUUAGGAGUGAGGAUUUUCCGCCUUUGUUUACGUGGUCGGAUGGAGAAGAGACUCGCUUUACAUACUGGGAUCAAAAUGAACCGAUUAUUCCUUCCAACUCCACUUCUAACUGCGUGUCCUUCUCGAGGACGUCUGGUCGGUGGCGAGUUCAACGCUGUAACAAAACUCUCGCGUCCAUAUGCAAGAAAACCGGCGCGGUUACAAAUAACACCGCCUCGGACCACGGCUGUCCCCAGGAUCUAAACUGGAGACGACACGGAGAUUUCUGCUACCUGAUUUAUAAGGACGAAGUGCCGUUUGGUGCAAAAUGCAAUCUCACCGUGACGAGCCGGUUCGAACAAGAAUUUAUCAAUAGCCUAAUCCGAGAGCAGAAUCCGAUCGAGCGGGCUUACUUCUGGACCGGUUUAAGAGGGGAGGAUUUAUCUCUAGACUAUUAUUGGCAAACGUCAGAAGGGAAAAAAGACUUAACGUUUUCAAAUUGGAAUGCUCUAGAACCAGCCUUUCCGGGAGGAUGCGUUGCUAUGGCAACGGGCCAACAUCUUGGGAAAUGGGAGGUGAAAAAUUGCAAAGCCUUUAAAGCGCAAUCCAUCUGCAAAAAGAGUAUCGGAUCUCCAAAACCCGAAGACGCGCCUAAACCCAGCGGCUCCUGUCCCGAAGAGUGGGAAGCAGGAUCGGGAUCGCAGUGCUACAAACUGUUUCACUACAAACGACUACACCGAACACGGACCUGGGAAGAGGCAGAGGGCAUCUGUGAAGAGUUCGGGGCGCAUCUUGCAGGUUUUUCCCAUAAAGAAGAAAUGGAUUCUUUAUAUUCCUUCCUAAAAUCCAUGGGCAGUUACGGUCGAUGGAUCUGGGUUGGGUUAAAUAAAAGGAACAUGGCAUUACAUGGAAGUUGGGAGUGGAGCGAUGGUCGGCCGGUCUCUUCUGUCGUUUUUCCCGAUGACUUUCAGGAGGAAGAUUAUGAUCUCCGGGACUGUGCGGCCUUUAAGGUUAAUCGGCCAACCCGGGCAAGUAUUUGGCGACUUUGGUUCAAUGACAAAAGAGAUGCGGAAUAUUACAUGAAGCCGUUCCACUGCGAUGCUGCUCUAGAAUUUGUUUGCCAGAUCCCUAAAGGCGCUGUGUUGAAGACUCCGGAGUGGUAUGUAACAGAUUGGAAUAAUACUCAGGGGUCUUCGGUCAUGUUUGAAGAUUAUGAGUAUCUGAUUGUACACGAGAAGCACCUGAAUUACAAGGAGGCAGAUCUGUACUGCACAAGCGUGGAAGGCGAACUGGCGUCUAUCGAUUCUUACGGCUUACGAAAAGCCAUUGAAAGCAAGAUGUUGGAUGAAAUGAAAUUUAAUCAGUUCCAAAUGUGGUGGGUGAAAUCUAUCAACUACAGGAGCCAACAAGAGAGAGCUCUUCAUCGUUUCCUAGGCAUGCAAUUCAGCCACUGCCCAUUUAUGACUCUACAACGAACAAGCACAGAUCGUUUUCAGUUCGCUGACUGCAAUAAGGAAAUGCCGUUCAUAUGCGAAAAACACCCCCUCUCGUGGGAAAAUAACCGCACGAAAACAAGCUUGCUUAAUGGAAGUUGCCCCCAAAACUGGAUUGAAUUCAGAGACAAGUGUUUUCUACAAGUUAACCCGGAAGACUUAACGUUCCUAAAGGCUAACGAAAAGUGUGAAACCUUUGGAGGAACCCUUCCUACAAUCACAAGCCAGCUUGAACAAGAUUUCAUUACUUACUUACUUCCUAAUAUGACCUCGAAGUUUUGGAUCGGGCUGAAACUCACUCUGGAUUCCGUCGUGAGCAAAUGGAUCGACAGCCGGGAGGUUUCCUAUGUGAAUUUUCAUCCGCUCUUACAGGGAAGGUUGAAAAAGUUCUCUCUUGACCCGUUCGAAGAGGAGCGGAACAAACAGUGUCUCUUCAUCCUGAAUGAUCCCAAUUCCACCUUUGCCGGGACGUGGGAUUUUACAUCGUGUGCCGAAACACAGUAUGUGUCUCUGUGUCAGCGAUAUAAAGAUACUAACGGAUCCCAAACACCAGCUACUGUAGCUGACGAAGUGGAAUUUCAUGGCUAUCGGUACAAGAUCAUUCAGAGUAACCUGACGUGGUACCAAGCCUUGUCACAAUGUCACCAGCAUAAUAUGAGCCUGGUCAGUAUAACGGAUCAGUACCAGCUCUCCUUUCUGGCUGUCCAGGCGGCUCUCCUGAGUCGGCCCAUGUGGAUUGGGCUUUCUAGCAUAUACGACGGAGUCCAUUAUAGAUGGCAAAAUGGGAAACAAGUUACUAUUAACCGAUGGUCAGAGGAGGAUGAAGGAAGUGAGGAAUGUGUUUACAUGAGCGAGGAUGGCUUUUGGAAGACGGAGGAUUGUGAUACUAUGUUACCCGGGGCCUUCUGUUACUCUGCACCUGAAGACGUUGAACAGACGCCAGCGGAGAACACCAAACUGUGUCCUCACAGAAUCAAAGAUACCCCGUGGAUUCCUUUUCGGAACAGUUGCUACACUUUUCUGGUGUCUCACAAAAGAUGGCUCUCCAUCGACACGCAAGAAUCCCGUCACGUCUGCAGGGCUCUGCAUCCCGAUGCCUAUGUCUUGAAUAUCCGAGAUGAAGCGGAGAACGACUUUGUUUUUAAUCAGCUUAAACCUUUCCGUGAUCUGGCAAAGUGGGUAUGGCUGGGAGUCGUUUACGAUGGAAGAGAAAAAAGACUUCGCUGGCACGAUCAGACCUUCAUAAAAUAUUCCAACUGGAGAUCUGGAAGACCAGAAGUCUCCAACAAUAGCUUUUAUUCCGCUAUGAACAUAGAUGGUUUCUGGGAUAUGUACACAAAUCUCCAGGGCUUACAAGUCUUAUAUCUUCAGCAUCACUCCAUAGUGGCUUGUAAGAUCGAUUUAGAAUCCCCUGAGCACUACAACAAGUCUUUGCCAGACAUCAUACAUCAUGAGAACAUGAGCUAUCACGUUAUCCCGAAGAAGCUCAGCUGGAUGGAAGCCGUCCGCGAAUGCAGGCUGAACGGCAGCCAUGUGGCCAGCGUGCACAGCGAGAUCCAGCAGGGCUUUCUGGAGUAUAUAGUGAAGCAAGAAGGAUUUCCGCUCUGGAUUGGCCUAUCGAAUCAUGACGGAGGGCUUUCUGAUUACGAGUGGUCUGACGGCAGUCCCUACGACUACGUGGAGCCGGAGUUCUCGCAGUUAAAUCCUGCUGGAAGCUGCGUAUAUUUGGAUACAAAGGGGUUCUGGCGUUCUAAGAAUUGUACGGAUACUGCGGACGGAGCGAUUUGCUACAGAUCUGCAAGUCAGAAGAUCCAGGACAUUAAAUAUCCCGUUUGCUCUGAUACCCCCGGGCCUGGACAGUGGCUUCUCCGAAACAAUUUCUGUUAUGGAUUCGAUCUAAAAAUAUAUAACUUCUCCGUUUUCAGCAGCGAGGAGGCUAGUACUUUAUGCCACAAUCUGGAUCCUACGUCGACUUUGCUGACCAUAGACAGUGCCGAAGAAAAUGACUUUGUUGCCAAAUAUUUGAAGGCUGAUCCCUUCAUUACCAAUAGAGUUUGGCUUGGCUUGUCAGCGAGCUCCUCGGCUACGGACCUGAAAUGGCAGGAUGGCUCCCCGGCGGGAUACACAAACUGGAGCGGAGCACAGAAGGAAGCCGGCGGGCCGUGCGGGGUCCUGCUGCCUGCCGAUGGAGUCUGGCACAGGGUCUCCUGCACGUCUGGCCACGCUCGAGUUGUCUGCAAAGCACCUUUGCUGUUUAUGGGAGUCAACAGUGGGGAAGCUGGAGAAGGGGGUCCCAUGAAGGCCGUCCUCCUCCUCCUCUGUCUCUGGAGUGCUGCUUUUUGUGCUGCUGGACAUUCAGAGCCGGGACUUCACAGCGAUGAAUGUCCAUCUUCUAUCUGGGUCCAGUUCCAGAACAACUGUUACACAUUCAUUUACGCCACACCCCGGGCCGUACUGAGCAUAGAACCUGCUCGAGAACUUUGUAAAGCUGCUGGGUCUGACAUCAUAAGUAUUAAUACAGAAGAGGAAAACAAGUUCUUAUUGCAAAUGUUUAAGACCGAAUGGAACGGCCCUAAGGAAAUAUUAUUGGGUUUGUUCUAUGACAGUGACGAUGACUCUCUUAAAUGGUACGACAAAUCUGAAGUGACUUUUAAAAACUGGAGAGAAGCCGAUGAAACGGACAAGAAUUUAAUCUCCUGCGUCAAAAUGAACACGUUCUCUGGGCUGUGGGAUCUGAUUAGCUGCGACAAUUUUGUUGAAAUUGGGACGCUGUGUAAAACCAAAGCAAAUAAACAGAAAGAGAAGCAGCAGACAGAUCAAAGCGCUUUAUUGAUCGGAUUGAUUGCUUCCAUUAUUCUCCUCGUGCCAACUAUUUCAAUCAUUAUCAUAUUGUACAAGAGGAGGGUCCUCUCUACCAUUAGAAACCUGCCCUUGGCAUCUCAAGUUAACCCUUACAGGGAUGAGAUUGGAUUAGUAGAUACCAUGGAAGAAGAUUCUACUUGAAAUUCACCAAAUAUACCUUGUUCAUUAGGAGUAAUAAGUUUAUACAUCUGUUUGAAUC